AUGUCCUUUCGUUCAUCGCUCACUCGCGUUGUUGUUCAGUAUGUAGCCAAUCUGAAAGCGUGUGAGAAGAAGUAUGUCAAGUAUGCCGAUCAGCUGACCGGAUUGCGUACCAAAUUGACAAGCUUGUGUGAUAAACGCACCUCGUACAAUCGCAAAACAAUGGAAGCUCUGAUGACCAAUCUGGAAAUCGCGACCAGAAAGUUGCAUUUACUUCAUAAUGAUUACCUCAUGGCCAUAUCCACGGCAAACCACUAUCAGCAAUGGUUACACACACAUCUGCGUCCGUGUCUACUGAACGGGAUCGAACGAACCAUGCAGUUGGCUUGUGAAGUAGUGUAA